AUGAUAUCAUCACAAAAACCAACAAUCGUUGCACCAAAGAAACAAUCACCAUAUUCUGAUAAGAAGCUUGAUUGUAAGGGACGUGCUUGCGCCAAAUGUGGUAGUUGCCGUGAUUGGUACUGGCGAUGGGAUCCUAGUGGCAAUGAGAAGGAUUAUACAAAGCGUGAUGGUGUAAACUGCCGUUAUAAUGAUUUUGAUUAUUAUGAUUUUGGUCGUUAUUAUCAUUUUGGCCGUUCUUCUGAUACUAAUCUAUGUGAAUGUGACGACAAUCGUUUGUAA